AAGAGAGACGAGAGAAGUAGUAGAAGCCAGAGGUGUGUGUGAGGCUGCUAGCUCCGGGCCUCUCUCACCCUUUUAUCUUCUUCCACAUCCCCAGUCCCCACAUUCCCUUCGCCACACGAUCGCCACCCCAACUCUCUCUCCCUCUCUCUCUCUCUCUCUCACACACACACACACUCUCCUCGUCUCUCUCCCUCUAUGGCUCUGCAGUCAGUCUCUCCCAUUCCUCAUCUCCUCCACUCGAAUUCUCGCGCCGCCGCUCAGCGGCCGCCUUCAAUUCUCGCUUCCAAUGACGGGCGCUUGCUCGUUGAUUUCGUUGGAUUGUAUUGCAAAUCGAAGCGCACGAGACGGAAAUAUGGAGCGUCUUCGGGCGCUAGGAGUUUGCCUCGUUUUGUGGCGAAAACGUCCUCGUCGGCGGCCAAAGCAGUUCUCGAUCUUCGUAAUAGCGCUCUGGACGGUGAAACAAAUGCCUGUUCUGAUGUCAGACGAAAGCAGGUUGCAAACUUGGAUGAUAUAAUAUCAGAAAGAGGAGCUUGUGGAGUUGGAUUCAUUGCCCAUUUGGAAAACAAAGGAUCCCAUCAGAUAAUUAAGGAUGCUCUUACAGCUCUUAGCUGUAUGGAACAUCGUGGAGGAUGUGGAGCAGACAAUGACUCUGGUGAUGGUUCAGGAUUGAUGACUUCGAUUCCAUGGGAUCUAUUUAACAACUGGGCGAACAAGCAAGGGAUUGCUUCCUUUGAUAAGUUGCAUACUGGUGUUGGAAUGGUUUUCCUUCCCAAAGAUGAAGACCUACUGAAAGAAGCCAAAAAAGUUAUUGUAAAUACUUUUAGACAAGAGGGUCUUGAGGUGCUGGGAUGGAGGCCUGUUCCUGUGAAUACUUCUGUAGUUGGUUACUAUGCAAAAGAAACCUUGCCCAACAUACAGCAGAUAUUUAUUAAAGUUGUCAAAGAAGAGAACGUUGAUGACAUUGAACGAGAACUGUACAUCUGCCGGAAAUUGAUUGAAAGAGCAGCGAGCUCAGAAAGUUGGGGAAAUGAGCUUUAUUUCUGUUCUUUGUCCAAUCAGACAAUCGUUUACAAGGGAAUGCUUCGCUCAGAAGUUCUUGGGCUAUUUUAUUCUGACCUUCAAAGUGAUCUUUAUAAAUCCCCUUUUGCCAUUUAUCAUCGAAGGUACAGCACAAAUACUAGUCCUAGAUGGCCUCUUGCACAACCAAUGAGAUUACUUGGACAUAACGGAGAAAUCAAUACCAUACAGGGUAACUUGAACUGGAUGCAAUCUCGAGAAACCUCAUUGAAGUCACCUGUAUGGCGUGGGCGUGAAAAUGAAAUUUGUCCAUAUGGUAACCCAAAGGCAUCAGACUCUGCAAAUCUUGAUAGUGCAGCAGAAUUUUUACUAAGGAGUGGCCGUAAUCCUGAGGAAGCUCUAAUGAUUCUCGUCCCAGAGGCAUACAAGAAUCAUCCAACUCUUACGAUCAAAUAUCCUGAGGUGGUUGAUUUUUAUGACUACUAUAAGGGUCAGAUGGAGGCAUGGGAUGGGCCUGCUCUACUCUUAUUCAGUGAUGGGAAAACGGUUGGGGCAUGUCUUGAUCGGAAUGGACUUCGUCCUGCUAGGUAUUGGCGGACAUCAGACAAUGUUGUUUAUGUUGCAUCUGAGGUUGGUGUCUUACCGAUGGAUGAGUCGAAAGUUACAAUGAAAGGCCGUCUAGGUCCUGGGAUGAUGAUAACUGUUGAUUUACUCAGUGGCCAGGUUUAUGAGAAUACGGAGGUCAAAAAGCGAGUAGCCUUGUCAAAUCCAUAUGGAAAGUGGGUCAAGGAAAACUUACGAUCCUUGAAGCCUGUGAACUUCCUAUCAGCAACAGUUAUGGAUAAUGAUGCAAUAUUGAGACACCAACAGGCUUUUGGCUACUCAAGCGAAGAUGUGCAAAUGGUUAUUGAAACUAUGGCUGCACAAGGGAAGGAGCCUACAUUUUGCAUGGGAGAUGAUAUUCCAUUGGCAAUACUGUCUCAGAAGCCACACACGCUUUAUGAUUAUUUUAAGCAACGAUUUGCACAGGUUACAAAUCCAGCUAUUGACCCUCUUAGAGAAGGACUAGUCAUGUCUCUUGAAGUCAAUGUUGGGAAGCGAGGAAAUAUAUUGGAGGUUGGACCUGAAAAUGCUUCACAGGUUAUUUUGUCUAGUCCUGUACUGAAUGAUGGGGAGCUUGAGUCAUUGCUGAAGGAUCCCUAUUUAAAAUCUCAAGUUUUGCCAACAUUUUUUGAUAUUCGUAAAGGGGUUGAUGGUUCCUUGGAAAAGACGCUAAAUAAGCUUUGUGAAGCUGCUGAUGAAGCUGUUCGAAAUGGUUCCCAACUGCUUGUUCUCUCUGACCGUUCUGAUGCGCUGGAACCAACUCGUCCUGCAGUUCCAAUCCUUCUUGCUGUUGGUGCUGUGCAUCAGCAUCUUAUUCAGAAUGGCCUGCGAAUGUCGGCUUCUAUUGUAGCAGAUACUGCUCAGUGCUUCAGCACCCAUCAGUUUGCCUGUUUGAUUGGAUAUGGUGCAAGUGCCAUAUGUCCAUACUUGGCAUUGGAGACCUGUCGACAGUGGCGUCUCAGUAAUAAAACUGUAAAUUUGAUGAGGAAUGGAAAGAUGCCUACUGUAACAAUUGAGCAGGCUCAAAAGAACUUUUGCAAGGCUGUUAAAUCUGGUCUUCUCAAAAUUCUUUCCAAAAUGGGCAUCUCAUUGCUUUCAAGUUAUUGUGGUGCACAGAUAUUUGAGAUUUAUGGACUUGGGAAGGAGGUUGUUGAUCUUGCAUUUUGCGGGAGUGUUUCAAAAAUUGGUGGAUUAACUUUUGAUGAGCUGGCGAGGGAGACUUUAUCUUUUUGGGUGAAGGCUUUCUCUGAGGAUACAGCUAAAAGACUAGAAAAUUUUGGAUUCAUACAGUUCAGGCCAGGAGGGGAGUAUCAUGGAAAUAACCCUGAGAUGUCGAAGUUACUCCACAAAGCUGUUCGCCAAAGGAGUGAAAGUGCCUUUUCAGUUUAUCAACAACAUUUGGCUAACCGACCUGUUAACGUUCUUCGUGAUCUUCUUGAGUUCAAAAGUGAUCGUGCUCCAAUUCCUGUGGGAAAGGUUGAACCUGCUGUAUCAAUUGUUCAACGGUUUUGCACUGGUGGGAUGUCACUUGGAGCUAUUUCAAGGGAAACUCAUGAAGCAAUCGCCAUUGCAAUGAAUAGAAUAGCUGGAAAAUCUAAUUCUGGAGAAGGUGGUGAGGAUCCUAUUCGCUGGAAACCACUUACAGAUGUUGUUGAUGGGUACUCACCAACGCUGCCUCAUCUCAAAGGUCUUCAAAAUGGGGAUACAGCUACAAGUGCUAUCAAGCAGGUUGCUUCAGGACGUUUUGGUGUCACUCCGACAUUCUUGGUCAAUGCUGAUCAAUUAGAAAUCAAAAUUGCACAAGGUGCAAAGCCUGGUGAAGGUGGCCAAUUGCCUGGGAAAAAAGUUAGUGCAUAUAUUGCGAGGUUGAGAAAUUCUAAACCAGGGGUUCCACUUAUUUCUCCACCUCCGCACCACGACAUUUAUUCUAUAGAGGAUCUUGCGCAAUUGAUCUUUGACCUUCAUCAGGUUAAUCCUAAGGCUAAGGUGUCGGUAAAGCUAGUAGCCGAAGCUGGAAUUGGCACUGUUGCUUCUGGGGUUGCAAAGGGUAAUGCCGAUGUUAUACAGAUAUCAGGGCAUGAUGGUGGAACUGGAGCCAGCCCCAUAAGUUCCAUUAAACAUGCUGGUGGUCCUUGGGAACUUGGACUUACAGAAUCACACCAGACACUCAUCCAAAAUGGACUUAGGGAAAGGGUUAUUCUCAGAGUUGAUGGAGGCUUCAAAAGUGGAGUUGACGUCCUAAUGGCUGCAGCUAUGGGUGCUGACGAAUAUGGAUUCGGCUCUGUGGCAAUGAUUGCUACUGGAUGUGUGAUGGCCCGCAUUUGCCACACAAAUAAUUGUCCUGUUGGUGUUGCUAGUCAAAGAGAAGAACUACGUGCUCGGUUUCCUGGUGUGCCUGGUGAUCUUGUCAACUUCUUUUUAUAUGUUGCGGAAGAGGUAAGAGGUAUGUUGGCACAGUUGGGAUAUGAGAAGUUGGAUGAUAUAAUUGGUCGGACAGAUUUACUAAGACCUCGAGAUCUCUCCUUAAUGAAAACUCAACAUCUCGAUCUCAAUUAUGUUCUCUCAAAUGUUGGGUUACCAAAAUGGAGUAGUACGGCAAUCAGGAAUCAGGAUGUUCAUACUAAUGGUCCUGUUUUGGAUGAUAUUUUACUAGAAGAUCCAGAGAUAUCAGAUGCAAUUGAGAAUGAAAAAGUGAUUCGUAAGACCUUCAAGAUAUACAAUAUCGACCGUGCUGUUUGUGGGCGCAUAGCAGGGGUAAUUGCAAAGAAGUAUGGUGACACCGGUUUUGCCGGGCAAUUGAACAUAACAUUUACGGGGAGUGCUGGGCAGUCAUUUGCAUGCUUUUUGACUCCUGGAAUGAAUAUCCGGCUGGUAGGAGAGGCUAAUGAUUAUGUGGGAAAGGGUAUGGCUGGAGGUGAGUUGGUUGUGACUCCUGUUGACAACACUGGGUUUAUCCCCGAGGAUGCAGCUAUUGUAGGGAAUACUUGCUUGUAUGGGGCUACUGGUGGCCAAAUCUUUGUUAGAGGGAAAGCUGGUGAGCGGUUUGCUGUUAGAAACUCACUUGCUGAAGCAGUGGUGGAGGGUACUGGAGACCAUUGCUGUGAGUACAUGACAGGUGGUUGUGUGGUUGUUCUUGGAAAAGUGGGUAGAAAUGUUGCUGCUGGAAUGACUGGAGGCUUAGCAUACAUUCUUGAUGAGGACAACACCCUCCUCCCCAAGGUAAAUAAAGAGAUUGUGAAGAUCCAAAGAUUGACUGCCACCGUGGGGCAGAUGCAGCUGAAGAACCUUAUUGAAGCCCAUGUUGAAAAAACUGGGAGUAGCAAAGGCUCUUCUAUUCUGAAGGAGUGGGACAAGUACCUACCACUGUUUUGGCAGUUGGUUCCACCUAGUGAGGAAGAUACCCCAGAGGCUUGUGCAGAAUAUGAGAAAACAGGUGCAGGGCAGGUGACUCUGCAAUCGACCGUCCCCUGAGGCCACCAUUUUAGUCAAGAAAGCUACUCCCCAGCCCUGUACAGCUCAAAUAAGAGAUGGUUUAUUAAGUUGGAAGAUGGAAGUUGGGUGGGAAGAAUUUUUAGUGGAAGAUCAUCACUGCGCUGGGAGACCCUGAUCUGUACAUUUGAAAGCAUUCACCACUUCGAUCAGUGUAAUUAAAGUUGUAUAGUCAUUGUGAAAGACACUAUAAAUUCAAGCUAAUUAAGGUUUUUCCAGUCUUUCUGAACAUUUCUUUAGUCUAAUUUUAUGUAUUAGAGUAUAUAAAAGCUUCAUUGAAAGGAGAUCAAAGAGCAUCUAAAGUAUAGGAAUUACUGAUCAUGCUUCAUUCCACGACCAUUAAGUUCAAUUUCUAAAUGGGCUAUUUUGUAGUUUACAUUA